AUUAAGCACAAAGCAUGUCCUAAGAUAAAAAUAAAAACAAAUGAAUAGCACGUCAUUGGGCUUUUCCUUUCAGUCACUCCUAGAUGAGCUCACAGAAUCACAGAAUGGCCAGGGUUGGAAGGGACCUCAAGGAUCAUGAAUCUCCAACCCCCCUGUCACAUGCAGGGCCACCAACCUCCACAUUUAAUACCCCUGCAUAAAAUUCCAUCCACCUGCUGGUUGCUCUGGGUGUUGUCACGCUGUUGAAAAACAGAUUCCACCUUUCUCAAUCCCAAGCAAUCCAAAACCCUUCAGUAUUUCAGCCCUUGUUCCUUUCUGAAUGAGAACAGCAUUAAGCGUAUUUAUGUUCUUCCCAGUCCCAAAAGCUAAAUGUGCAACAGCUGAGCAUUUCUCAGCUACCAUGGUAGAACUCAGAGUUCUUCUCAGGAAGAAACAGAAUGUUAAUACCUACUUCAGCUCUCUCUUAUCUGAAAUGUUCUGUUCUGACCGUGACUAUUAGCAUUCCAAGUACAAUAUUUAGGCUACUAAAUACAUCAAAAAUGCUGAAGCAAAUACUUAAACACUAGGAAAUGCCAAAACUAAGACUGGCUGCACAACAGGGAUUGCUUCUUAGCGAUGCCUUACUGCGAGCAGUACCAGAUGUACUGUGGCUGAACCUAAGGCAUUCAGCAUCUCUUCCAUUCCAUUAAAUAAAUCAGUGUGCAUCAGAGGACCAAGAAACCAAUAACACAAUGGUGGGACUGAGCAGGUACAGCAGGACUUCACAGGGAGGACUUUGGAAAGAGGUCAUUCUGGGGGCAAUCCAUUUUCAUUGCUCAAUGACUCCAUUCUGUGUGAGCAGCACCUCUCCACGCAGGCCCUGCAUACACUGCUGUGCCAAGCAAUACCUGCACAGCCAGAGCCUCACACUGCUUUCUAACACACACUAAAUACACCUUUGCAACUCACAACUCAACAUCUAAGCCCUGGUAUUAUAACACUUACUACAACACCAUCCCAAGAGAAAUAGAUAAGAUGGGAGAUGCUUUUUUGUUGUGGAGAUUCCAGACACUUUUAAGGCAAUCUACUUCAGAGAAAGUCAAUGAAUAGCAACUAAGGAAAGAAAGAUAGUUAAGACCUCAGUUUAGCCUUCUGUUGCUUGAAUUCAAUUGUUUUUCUGCUUGGAGACUGUAUCCUAUUGUGCACACAUUUCCACUUCUGUAAAAGAAAUCGCAUAAAAAUUUCUGGUGUUCCAGAAAGGUAGUAAGUAACACAUCAGCAUUUAACUACAAGAAACUUCAGGAGGUGUUACUGUUAUGCAAGACAUUCGGUAUUCUUGGAUAGCUGCUUGACAAUGACUGCAAAACCCAAAAUCAACACACACAAAAAAGAAAGAAAAUUCUAGUUGCGUCAAGAAAUCAUGUCAGAUCACAAUUACAGAUCAUAAAAGAGAGUAGGUGUGGCUUGGCUAGCUGCGAGGGAUCACAUAUUUCCAAGUUUUCUGAGGACUUCAGCUUAGGCAAACUGUAGAUCGAGAGGGAGGGACAGACAGACAGAUGGUCAAAGGAGGCAUAGGUUCCCAGAGAGAGCUGGACUUCAGCAGAAGCACUCAUUCAUCUGCACAGCACCAUAUUUGCAGAGGAAGCCGUACAUAAGAGCAGUGAGCAGCAGAGAUUUCCAUAAUGUUGGGGAUUGUUGAGCUGUUUGUAGCCCUGGUAGCCUCCCUCCUGAUCUUGCAGUUCCUGAAGCUGCAGUGGAUGCGUAGCCAGCUCCCUCCAGGACCAGUUCCUCUCCCCAUCAUUGGGAACUUGUGGCUGCUGGACUUCAAACUUCGCCGAGAAACUCUCGCUAAGUUAACCAACAUCUAUGGCAACAUCUACACAGUGUGGAUGGGACAGACACCCAUGGUUGUACUGAAUGGGUACAAAGCAGUAAAAGAUGGCAUCGUCACCCAUUCAGAGGAGACUUCUGGAAGACCUCUCACGCCAUUCUACAGGGACAUGAUGGGCGAAAAAGGCAUUUUUCUGACAAGUGGGCACACCUGGAAGCAACAGCGGCGCUUUGGGAUGACCAUCAUACGGAGCCUAGGAUUUGGGAAGGACAACUUGGAGCAUCAAAUUCAAACAGAGGCCUCUCAUCUUCUGGGUAUCUUUGCAAACACAAAAGGCAAGCCUUUCGACCCCCGCACUUCCAUCGUCCAAGCCAUUGCCAAUAUAAUCUGUGCUGUUGUUUUUGGCCAUCGCUUCUCCAGCGAGGAUGAAUCUUUCAGCAAGCUUAUCAAAGCUGUUUAUUUUGUGAUCUACUUUCAAGCUACUAUCUGGGGCAGGAUGUAUGAUGCUUUCCCAUGGCUUAUGCACCGCUUCCCAGGACCGCAUCAGAAAGUGUUCGCAUACAAUGACUUCAUGCACAACUUAGUUAUGAAUGAGGUCCAGAUGCAUGAGAGAGAGAAGGCAGGUGAUCCACGGGAUCUCAUUGACUUCUACCUAACCCAAAUAGCAAAAACCAAAGAUGACCCCACCUCCACGUUUAAUAAAGACAACAUGGUUCAGACCGUGGUUGAUCUCUUGCUAGGAGGGACCGAAACAACAAGCACCACUCUCCUCUGGGCACUGCUCUAUAUGGUACAAUACCCAGAAAUACAAGAAAGAGUUCAAAGGGAGAUAGAGGCUGUUGUGGAACCUUCCCAUGUCAUCAGCUAUGAAGACCGCAAAAGGCUGCCCUAUACAAAUGCUGUGAUUCAUGAGACUUUGCGGUACAGCAACAUCACUUCUGUGGGGGUCCCUCGACUGUGCGUGAGGAAUACGACUUUGCUGGGCUUUCGCAUUAAAAAGGUAUGGAGCACGGCACACUUGGUGCUGCCAAAUCUGCACUCUGUGGUGUAUGACAGUGACCACUGGGCAACCCCUUGGAAGUUCAACCCAAACCAUUUCCUCGAUUUGGAUGGCAACUUUGUGCACAAAGAGGCAUUCCUACCCUUCUCAGCAGGGCACCGUGUGUGUUUGGGGGAACAGAUGGCACGAGUUGAACUGUUCAUCUUUUUCACUAAUCUGCUUCGGGCAUUCACAUUUCAGCUCCCUGAAGGAGUAAAGGAAAUCAACCCGGAGUACAUUUUGGGUGCAAUACUGCAGCCACAUCCAUAUGAAAUCUGUGCUGUUCCACAUUAAUCUGCAACAUACCACAAAGCAGAGGGACCCAUCAAUGACUGCAGAACAAAUAUCACUAUCUUAUCUAUAUUCAAAUUCACAUAGCUCAGUGUAGAGAAUUAUAACAGAAGUGUUUCUGUUCAGGAAGGCUGACCUCAUGCAGAUGAGCUUUCUGAAACUAGAAAAUUGCAUUUACCAAAGCUCAUAUAAUCACGCCGUCGGUACAUACAAUUACUCAAAGUGUUACCAAAACCACAUUUACACACACACAGUAACAAUUAAUCAGAUGUAGCAUUUUAGAGAAGUGAUCUGUAACAAGAGCUUCCUGCACCUGCACUCACUAACGUACCACGUGUGAAAUGGCACCACUGUUCCAACACAGUAAGGAUGCCUGAAAACACCAUUUGCU